AUGUCCGACUCGCAGGCGGAGCCGCCGACUGCUGCUGCUGCUUCACUGGCUGUGGCAGCAGAAGACGGCUCCAGAGAGCGUCCUGCCGCUCAUGCAGCAGCAGCAGCAGCAGCCGCAGCAGCAGCAAAUUCCACAGCAACAGCAGCAGCAGCAGCAGACGGGGGGGAGGAUGAGGAGUCAGUGCCUUCUGAGUUUGAGUGCUCCAUUUGCAUGAAGAUUUUGCUGCUGCCUGUAACAACGCCCUGCGGCCACAACUUCUGCAAAGCAUGCAUUGAGGAGGCUCUGGAUUACCGGCCGAUGUGCCCCCUCUGCAGGGCGCCGGUGCUGCACUGCACGCUGCCUUUAGGAGCGACACGGGGGGGCCGCUCUCGCAGCAGCUUGCGGGUGAAUACGCUGCUGCAGCAGCUGCUGGAGGCGCAGUACCCUAAGAUGAUGAGGAAACGAGUAGCAGAGGCUGAAGCAGCAGCAGCAGCAGCAGCAGCAGCAGCGGCAGCGGCAGAAGCAGAAGCACGAUCUAGAACACAACACGGUGUUGAACUGCAGCAGCAGCAACAGCAGGUGCACUCUUCACCACCACCACCGCAGCAGCAGCAGCAGCAACAACAACAGCUAGAGGAUACAGAGCGCAGGCAACUGCUGCCUCUUCUGAUUAGUAUGGGGGGGCAGCUGCAGCAGCAGCUGUAUCAACACCACAGUGCUUGGGGGGCCCUCGCGCUGCAGACCUGGCCCUUAAUGCCUGGGGAGAAAGUAACGCUGCAUAUAUAUGAAGAAAAAUACGUCCGCCUUAUAGAGCACGUCAUGCAGGGGUCUCAACACUUCGGCAUUGUCUUCCCCCCUAUAAGCAGAAGAGCAGCAGAUAUUCCUCUACCUCGCCCUCGCAGCAUUCCCAGGAGAUACCGCCAGCGUGCUGGCUCCAGCACAACAGCUUCCCCCUCAACCGCAGCAGCAGCAACAGCAGCAGCAGCAACAACAGAACCAGCAGCAGCAGCAGACCCAUCGCUGGAUGCGGAAUUAGAAGGACUCGGCACUUCGCCUGAGGCAGGGGUCUUCGGUUGCUGCGUGGGGAUCGAGCAGCAUACAAUCAUUGCAGGAGAUGGGGGCCCCCAUGGGGGGCCCCUAGGGGGCCCCCAUGGUGGGCCCCAGGCGUCUUGCAUCGUUGAGUGCAUCUGCAGAAACCGAUUCCGUCUUGUAGAUAUUUUUGGGCAUGGAGACGCGGAGGAGGAGAGGCAGCUGCAGCAGCAACAGCAGCAACAGCAGCAGCUGCAGCAGCGCCAGCAGCAGCAGCAGCAACUGGCACAGGAAGACGAAGUGCCGCUCGAGGCGAGGAUUGCUGCUGCUAUAAUGGCUCCGGAGUUCAAAGUGGGGAUCUGCUUCCCAGUGGUAGACGAUCCCCUGCUCGCUGCCGCUCCCCAAGCAGCAGGAGCAACUCCAGAAGCAGCAGCAGCAGUAACAACAGCAACAGCAACGCCAGAAGCAGCAGCAGCAACACCAGGAGCAGUAGGAGGAGGAGGAGCAGCAGCAGCAGCAGGAGGAACGGCGAGUGCGCCGGUGCAGCAACAGGAAGUGCUGCUGCGGCCUCGAGAUGUGCAUGCAGAUCAACAACUGUUUGCCUCUGCUAUAGAUGAGGACUCCGAUUUAGUUGCAGAGUUUGAAGCUGUUCAGCAACUGCUAGGCGAUCAGCAAAGGGGGGCUCCAUCUGCAGCCAUGAGGCUUAUGUUAUAUCGCCGGGCAGCUGGUACGGGGGGGUCAAACAACGCAACGGCUCUUCGCAGCAAAAUUUGGGAGGAUGCCGACAGUCUCCUCACAUUGUAUAUGGGGGGGCAAGUGGAUCAAAUGGAUCGUGUUAUAUAG